AUGGCAAACUAUUAUGAUAUUGAUGACAUUCUAGCAGAUGAAGAGCUUGUUCCAGCAGUAUUCCUAGAGGCAGUGAAUGGAGUUGGUUUGUUUGAAUCAAAUGAAGCAAACAGGGUAGAACCAAGGUCAAAGGUAGAAUUACCAUUCUGGCUUGCAAGAGAACUGCACCUAAGACAAGCAGUAUCUGUCACCAUUCCUCCCUGUUUCAAUAAAAAGACUAGGGAAGAAAUAGGGGCUGAUGGUGCACAUGUGGACUUAAGAUCUCGAAGCUCAUAUUUCUAUGAGUUAGGAUGCAAGAUAGUGCAAUUAAUGGGUGACAAAAGCAUUGGAUCUUUACUAUUGGUUGCUUUCCAGACAAGGUACAAAGAAGUCUUGAUCAAGGCACAUACUGCAGCAUCAGCACUCACCCCAAAAUUUCUAUCUUUAUUAACAAAAGAAGAAACUAAAUUGUAUGAUGCUGCUAAGUCAUCAACUGCUGCAUUUAAAACAUGGAGAAUGGGUGGACCAAGGUUUCAAAAGGCUGCUGUUCUUGGUAGGAAAAGGAAACCAAUUGGUGGGGAGUAACAUACUAACAUUUUCUCCUCUUAAUUGUUUUAAGAUGUGAUCUUCAGUGUUUUCUACCAAAUUAAUUUGUUGUAGCUUUGUUUGUGUAAUUUCUAUAGGUUAUUUGGAAGUUAUAAGUUCUAUGUAUUCCUUUUUGUUUAUUUAAUUAUUGAACACCUUUUACAUGAGAUA